CCAGCCACGACUCAUCCUCGGGGCGGGGAGAGGUGGCACCGGAGUCCUCCCGUAUCCCAGCAGGCAGUGCAGUCCGGAGACGCUGACAAAGGAGCCGAGGAACAGUCGCAGCUGCUAUCCGAGGAGCCGGUGUUGCCGAGAUUGCCAAAAUGUGUUGGAGCUUUUAACUGAAUCGAAGCAAAUCCAAACUAAAUUUGAGACUGUAAAGACAGAAGCUGCAGCAAGGAGGAUUCAGUGCCAAUGCAACAAAAAAGACAACCAGAGUUAGUGGAAGGAAAUCUUCCUGUUUUUGUGUUUCCCACGGAGCUCAUCUUUUACGCAGAUGAUCAGUCAAAACACAAGCAAGUGUUGACUCUGUAUAAUCCCUAUGAAUUUGCCUUAAAGUUCAAAGUUUUGUGUACUACUCCAAAUAAAUACGUUGUCGUCGAUGCUGCGGGUGCAGUAAAGCCUCAGUGUUGUGUGGAUAUUGUCAUUCGUCAUAGAGAUGUCCGAUCCUGUCACUAUGGUGUAAUCGACAAAUUUCGUCUCCAAGUUUCUGAGCAAAGCCAGAGGAAGGCUUUAGGAAGGAAAGAGGUUAUUGCCACUCUUCUCCCAUCUGCAAAAGAACAACAAAAGGAAGAAGAGGAAGAAAGGAUAAAGGAACAUUUGACAGAAAGCAUAUCAAACAGAAGUGUCUCUUCAGGGCCUAGUUUAUUAACUGUCUUCCUGGGAGUGGUGUGCAUUGCGGCCCUGAUGUUGCCUACGCUGGGGGAUAUGGAAUCGCUGGUGCCUCUCUACCUCCACUUAAGUGUGAAUCAAAAAUUAGUGGCUGCUUAUAUCUUAGGUCUUAUCACAAUGGCUAUACUAAGAACAUAAGCAAGGAUUAAAACUGACUGACAAAGUAAAUUUAUCAUGAAUAUGAAUGUGGACUGCCUUUUAUCUCUAUCCCACUCCAUUAACACACUACAAAAUUAUUGAAUGAUUUCAAAUAACUGCAAAUGUAUAAUAUAUAUUUUCAAUUAGUGUUUAAUUUUGUCUAAAGACUCUAGCACUUUAUGUUACAGACAAUAAGAAUACUUCUGAGUGAUACCUAUUGUGCAAAUAACAUUAAUUAAAAUUAUUUUCUCAUCUUUUUUUUUAAAUUCACUUUGAUAAGGGUCAUGGGUCUUUCAAAGUUACAAGGCCUAAAUGAGCUAAUUGACCAGCCUAAAAAGAAAAAUGUGCCGGGCGUGGCGGCGCACGCCUUUAAUCCCAGCACUUGGGAGGCAGAGGUAGGAGGAUCACUGUGAGUUCGAGGCCACCCUGAGAAUACAGAGUGAAUUCCGGGUCAGCCUGGGCUAGAGUGAGACCCUACCUCGAAAAACCAAAAAAAGAAAAAGAAAAAGAAAAAGAAAUGCAUUUUUAUUAUCCCAGAUACAGGCAUCGUUGUUGCUAUGUAGAUUUAUAUAUUGCCCACUCUCACUGGGAAUAGUUGUUACAGUGUUUCUAAAUUGAGUUUUACUGUCACUGUGUGGAAGGUUGAGUAAAGCACAAAGCUAUUAGUAAGGGAACAUGCUUGUCUUAGGAUCUCAUAGAAGACAGGACAUACUUCAUUCAUUUUAGUUUGCAAUCCACACACCAGGCACUUAAUAGCAGCAGACUGACCUCGUGAUUGGCCCGAGUGUUCUAAAGGAAGACAGGCAUUUGUUAAUUAGUUACUUCACCCUGGCUUAACCCCUAGUUAAUCUUUUGGGGAAAGUCACUUUGCUGUUUUCUUCUAAACCCUUUGUCUGCCCGACUGUAAGUGAUUUGUCCAGAUUGGCAGUAUACCUGAUGGUUUCUGUGGAGACCAUUUUUCUCCUGGAAACUCUAAGGCCAGAAAACCCUUGACGCCUGUGUCUAUAGUUAUCAGUCACUGAGACAUUUUUAAGUUUGUAUUUAUUAAAACAAAUUUACCAAAAAAGUCCCCUAAGCACAACUAUUUACAUUUCUUUAUAGUGUCUUCUGAUCUCUAACAUAUAUGUAGUUUUUGACUGUUCUUCUCAUAGCAACUGAUCUUUUGUCUUAGGAUUUUUACCUGAAAGCACAAUGCAUUGAGUCUCUUGAAAUCACCUUUGAGAUCUUUUUACAAAAUAAACUUUAUGCACUGCUAAUGUAGCAUUCUCAAGGAUAUAUGUAAACACAAAUGUAUGCCUGAAGUUGAUUUUUGCAGGAAACAUUACUCUGCUUCUAGAAGCUUUUUGUCUAGUUCUUGGGUUUUUUUUGUUGUUUGUUUGUUUUUUGCGUGCGCUCUCGCGUGCCGGCGUGUGGAUGUGUGUGUGCGCGCGUGUGUGAUGUAUGCACAGUUACCUGCCCUCACAGGGCUCCAUACACUCAGCCUGCGGCAGGGGUCACUUGCCUGUGGUGACUGGACUGGAAUGUCAGGUGUCCCGUUCCAUUCCUCUUCUGCCUGGUCUUGUUUUUGAGCAGAAGUCUGUUCUUACUGUAUCCUGGAGCUUGUGGGGCUCUGUUGAUUUCUCGGGUCCCUGCAGGACUGGGGUUACAGGCACAUGUGGCCAGGCCCAGCUGUUUGUUGUGGGAUCUGGAGAUUUGAACUUGGGCAGUCUCAGGCUGUCAUGCUUGCAUAGGCAGUGCACCCAACUGCUGAGACAUCUCUCCAGCCCUCCUCUAGUAUUUCAUAGGAGACCAUUUAAUCAUGGGGGGCAUUUAAAGCAUUCAGUGAAUCAUGUCUGUACAUCGUGUAACGACUGAGAAGCACAUAAUGUAAUUGACUUGGAACUUGUUACAAAAAGAUGUUGGGAGGCUCUUCCUCUUUAUUCAUUUCUCAAGUCCUCUGUGUUUAUGCGUGCACAAGCAAGUGUAUGCGCAUGUGUAUAUGUGGACAGCACAUAAAGAAUGGUAAUUACUUUCAAAAUAAAAGAAAAUGCAGACCUGA